CGAUGAGCUGAAACAUAAAUCCCUUAAUCAGAUACCAGUGCAGCAUACGGCCGCUGUAAUCUACAUAGAAUAAAAUUAGCCUUGCGAAAAUUUCAUACCUGCAGUGAUACAGCGGGAAAAUAAUUAUUCCAAAUCGAUAAAUAUAAUACAAAACUUAGCAAGGAUGUCCGAACUGAUACCGAACACCCAAGUUUCUAACAAUGGACCAACAAAAAACGGCACGCCGCAGACGAUAAUUCCAAAUUUGGUACAGAGCAAAGACAGGGACGUGGAGCGGGGCGAGGUCAUAGGAUCUUCCCCCACAUCGUUGGUCGGUGAGGUCGGCGCCGACGCGUCCGCCGUUGAAUCCCCACCAAAAUCGUCGGGAGCCGUCGUCGGACCCUCAGGUGUCCCCUUGAUGAGGGGUCGUCGGGGAACAGUUCUGCGUCUGCUGCGGCGCUUGGCGUUGGCGAUGUUCGCGAUCUCCGUCCUGGCCGCGUUGUCGGCCGCCGUAUGGAUAUUCAUGGGGCCUAUGUUCCUGCUGCAAUUGGUCCUUGUGGCGGUCGUCGCCUAUCUCGCAUCCGGCGGACGUCUACGAUGGUUCUACGUCGCCUUCAAAACCCUCCCGAGGGAUCUAACGGCGAUGACCAGGUACAUCAAAUUAUUGUGGACCAUAAAAUCUCACGAGAGAAAAAAUCUGGGCGUCGCUGAUGUAUUCUCUCAAAAUGUGGCCAAGCAUCCGAAUAAAACUUGUUUCAUAUUCGAAGACCGGGAAUGGACCUUCCAACAGGUCGAGGAUUAUAGUAAUAAAAUAGCGACGGUAUUCAAAACGCACGGAUAUCGCAAAGGAGACGCCGUCGCUUUGUUGCUGGAAAAUCGUCCCGAAUUUGUAGCAAUUUGGUUGGGACUGAGUAAACUCGGGGUAAUAGUACCCCUGAUAAAUACGAAUCUGAAAAAAACUUCGUUACUCCAUAGCAUCAACGUAGCUAAUUGUCAGGCGCUUAUUUACGGGGCAGAUUUGGGCGACGCUGUCAAGGAUAUAGCGUCUUCUCUGAGCGCCAAAGUGGCUUUGUACAGAUUGUCAGAGUCUCCUAACGCCGCGUCUGAUGGUUUGAAGGAAAAAGAUCUGAUCGCUAUUCUAGCCGACGCACCGAGCACGCCACCGGUGAUAAGAGAAAAAGGUGGAUACAGCGACAAAUUGUUGUACAUUUAUACAAGCGGAACAACCGGAUUACCCAAAGCCGCAGUUAUCACAAACUCGAGGUACCUCUUCAUCGCCAGCGGGAUCCACUACGUCGCAGGUUUCAAAAGGAGCGACAGAUUCUACACUCCUCUUCCUCUCUACCACACCGCCGGUGGUAUUAUGUCCAUCGGUCAAUCUUUGCUCCACGGAUGCACGACGGUUAUAAGAAAAAAGUUCUCCGCCAGCGCUUAUUUCAACGAUUGCGCGAAAUAUCAAUGCACGAUAGCGCAAUACAUAGGCGAGAUGUGUCGUUACGUAUUGGCUGUACCACCCAAACCUGAAGACACGCAGCAUAGUAUUAGGAUGAUGUUCGGCAACGGACUGAGACCACAAAUAUGGACAGAUUUCGUCGAUAGAUUCAAAAUUCCUAAAGUCGCUGAGUUCUAUGGAGCGACCGAAGGCAAUGCAAAUAUUGUGAACAUCGACAACACCGUAGGAGCUAUCGGUUUCGUCUCAAGAAUUAUUCCAGCUGUCUAUCCGAUCUCUAUCAUCAAAGUAGAUGCGAACGGAGAGCCAAUAAGAAAUGCCAAGGGGCUCUGCAUGACCUGUGAACCAAACGAGCCUGGAGCGUUCAUCGGUAAAAUCAUACCCAAUAAUCCGACAAGGGCAUUCCUUGGAUACGUCGAUUCGAAAGCAUCUCAAAGCAAAGUCGUUACCGAUGUAUUCACUAAAGGGGAUUCGGCGUUCAUUUCUGGUGAUAUACUGGUAGCCGAUGAAUUUGGAUAUCUCUUCUUCAAAGACCGGACCGGAGACACGUACAGAUGGAAAGGCGAAAACGUUUCUACUUCAGAAGUAGAGGCCAUUGUCAGUAAUCUAGCAGACUACAAGGACUGCGUUGUCUACGGUGUUGAGAUAUCUGGUACGGAAGGGAGAGCAGGUAUGGCGGCUAUUUACGAUCCGGAUGACACGCUGAAUUUGGAGCAGUUGGUAUCAGGAAUGAAAGCACAGCUACCAUUCUAUGCUCGACCACAAUUCAUCAGAGCUCUAAGAAAGAUUGAUCUCACAGGCACAUUCAAAUUGAAGAAAAAGGACUUACAAGAUGAGGGAUACAAUCCUUCGAACAUAAAGGACAAAUUAUAUUACCUGGACCCGAAAAGUGGCUACCAAAUUCUAACGACGGAAGCGUACGACCAGAUUCAGCAGGGAAAGAUCCGUUUGUAAUUUCUGCUGGAAAUGCAGCUUUUUCGAUCGAUCGUUGUAGUGAAAUAACAUCUGACUAACAGGGAGUAAUUUGAGUACCGACUAGUAACUCGCUUUGAGAACAGUGGAUACGUUGAGCAUUGCCAAUAGUUGUCCGAAAAGCUAAGUUUUUGUGCCGUUGACAGUGCUUUCAUACAUUAUCAUUCUUUCACUCUUUCUUUUUCGUUUUUUUUUUUUUCUAUUCACACAAGUUUCUUCCAGAAGAUGAAAAGAGAUGCUCAAAAAUCUUCGACGCACAAGCCAAGUAUCAUGACAUGUUUCGUGACCUAAGUUCAAACCCACAAUGACAAGUUGUUAUGUAUUUUCAAACUUAUAAUGUGCUAUGACUGAUUCAAAGAUUUGUAAAUAUACUGUACAUUUGAAAAGAGCAUAAUUAUAUUUGGAUGACAGUAAUUACGAUGCUGUAAGCAGCAUCAGGCCCACGUAGAAAGAUAGAAACGUUUAGAAACUCUAUUAUUUAUUAUCGUCAUAGAUUUCCAGACGAUAUGGGCCUCGAUCUAUGAUAGAUAACGUUUUGGUGACAACUUGACAAUUACUAUGGUGUAUGGUUAUGCUUCGAUAUUACAGCAACACAAGGAAAAAAUACGCGCGUUGGUGUACACCUUUUGUCUGUGGGUAAAUCUUAUCCCUUAACAACAACGAUCUGUGUUUUCUAUUUGAAAGUAGUAUUGAUAAUGAAACACAGUAACCCCAACGCAAUGUUAAAAUAUAAUAUUUGUAAGCCAAUCAGUUUAAGGUACUAUAGUUCCGAUAUAGUAGGAUACAUUAUAUCUUAUCGUUACAAGAGAUUUGGACGAUCGCUAUACGUUUUUGUCGAUCAAUGUACGGAUCUCAUGUCCCUUGUAAAUCCAUGAUGAAAUAGGUACGCAUAUGAUGCAGUAUCGAAGAAUUAUUUUACAAACUGGUGUAUAUUAUGACAAGUUAUAAGGUGUAUGUUUUUGCCACUACAAUUUAGCAAAGAUUGUUAUUUGUUAUUUUUUUAGAAUAAAAAAUUUACUAUUUUCUAAAAUUA